GGCCGACAAAGUUGUUUAUUCAUCAAGGUGCUACACUGGUAUACCGUUAAACGACUGGUAUAGAUUUUAAAUGACAGUUUUUAUUUAAUUAGUUUUGGGUUUCUUGCUUUAGCAGGUAUCACGAGUGGUUACAGACUAACAGGAAGUUGUUUGGUAAUUGUGGAUUAUCUUCUAACGGAGUCACUGAGGAGUGGAAGCAUAUGUGACCUUGAUACUGUAUCUCCACUGAUACGAUUGGAUCCUCCCCUGGUGAUGGAGGAUCCGGCGGCUGGUGCGCCCGCUGCGGUGGCAGCCGUACCUGCUGCCGUGGACGAUGUGAACAUCGCGGCCAACAUGGAGGUCUUCCUAAAUUAUCUGAGAAAGACGAUGGUUCUUAUCUUGGGCUCAGGCCAGAUCGCCUCCACGCAGCCGUCUCCUGGUCUGUUUGAAGACAGAGGAUCUCAGGAGGCGGUUAGGAAGUUCAUUACUGAUCCUAUGGUGCGAGUGAUUUUGGUUCAGAAGGUCCAGAGAAAAGAUGAAGAACCGGAAAAUGACGCCAGUGAUGCUGCUGGUGAAGUGUCUUAUACGAUCUCCACCGAAAUCGCAUACAAGGCGCAGAAUGUUGGCAGCGUGGCGAUAUUGAAACGAGGAGCAGUUAUCGACGUCGACAAAGACAUUCCGUCCCAGCUCAUCGUUUUUGACUUGAAAGAUGGAUCACCGCACGAAGUGUUUCAUGCAGUUAUUGCCGGCAUUAUGUCACCAUUUUUUAAAUCAUUUAUCCGCAGCGAAAGUGGCAGUGGAAAAGAGAAUGAUAAAAUUGUUAAUACUGCGGAGAAAAAAUUGGCUGAGCUGGAAACUGUUUUUUUGCAUCUGCAACAAAACAUCGGUAUUCCGGAAGUUGUUCUGGUACCACAUCCUACUGUGGCUGCUGUUAUUAAGAAAGCCGCGGAAGAAGGUCGCAAAGCGACAGUCCAGGAUUUUGAUCAGUGGAUAAACGAUCCGAACUUUCUAAAUCAGCUGCAGAAUGGGGUCAAUCGAUGGAUUAGGGAAAUUCAAAAGGUGACUAAGCUUGAUCGAGACCCAUCAACUGGAUCCACUCUACAGGAGAUCUCCUUUUGGCUGAGCAUGGAAACUGCUUUGCAAAAAAUUCAGGAAAAGCGUGACAGUUUGGAAGUGACCUUAACGCUGGAGCUUCUCAAGCAAGGGCGACGCUUCCACGCCGUAGUGAGCUUCGAUGCUGACACUGGACUGCAGCAGAUGAUCGAUCUCGUAUCGGACUACUGUAUUCUAAUGAAGGAUUUUCCCAUCCAAGAACUGCUGACCGCUACCUCCUUGGAGAAGAUUCGUGAUGCAAUUCGACUGAUCUUCAUACAUAUGCGAAAAAUCCGCAACACCAAAUAUCCAGUUACACGUUGUCAGCACCUGGUGGAGGCGUUAUCCCGGGACAUGACUACACAGAUGUUGAAGGUGUUGGGAACACGUUAUCUUAUGCAUUAUACCUAUCCGGAAUUCGAAAAAGUUAUCAAACAGUGCGCAGACAUUUUUAUGACAUGGAGCGAUGAAUUUGAGAAAGUAAGCGCGAUUAUGCGAGAUCUGGUUAAGAAGAAGCGGGAGGAAAACGUCAAAUUGGUUUGGCGCGCCAGUACUGGUGCUGGACAUAAACAUCUUCAAACGCGAAUGGAAGCAAUGAAGAAAUUUCGUUGGGGUCAUCAGCAGCUAUGCUCCGUUAUCACCCGUGUACUGCAACCAGGAGUUCUGCCGAGCGUUGGUGCGGAUGAGUUAGCAGGAGGAGAUAAAAUGUCGGACGAAGCGCAGUCAUUAGCCAGUGCAUCAGCGAUUGAGGAGGUUAAUUUAGCAUAUGAAUGUGUCAAGGAAGUAGAUUGUUUGGAUACGUCCAAAGAGGGUCAGGAAGCUUGGGAUCAAGCAAUUAAACGGUAUGAAGACCGUGUUGAUAAGGUUGAAUCAAAAAUCACCGAGCGAUUGCGUGACCAGUUGGGGUCGGCACGGAACGCCAACGAGAUGUUCCGUAUUUUCUCCCAGUACAGCGCACUGUUGGUGCGCCCACGCAUCCGCGGUGCUAUCCGCGAGUAUCAGACGCAGCUGAUCCAGAAAGUGAAAGAAGAUAUCGAAUACCUGCAUGACAAAUUCAAGGUUGGAUACCAGAACACUGGCAAUGCCAUUGCGGAUCGACAACGAGAUUUUCCGCCUGUUGCUGGCUGCAUUCUGUGGACUAGACAUAUUGAACGGCACCUGUUGGUCUUACUGAGCCGGAUAGAGCAUAUUCUGGGACGGGGCUGGGAAAAUCACGUAGAAGGGCAGAAAUUAAAAGCGGAUGGUGACAGUUUUCGGAAGAAGCUGCAAGACAGUAUGACGGAGACAUUCGAAGCAUGGAGCCAGCGAAUGCAGCAACGGCCCCUUGCUAUCGCUGGGAGGAUAUUUCUGGUGGAGAAUCAGCGAGUUCGCGGCAGCAACGUGCUUCGUUUGCGUAUUGAUUUUCACCCAGAGAUCAUAUCGCUUUGGAAAGAAGUGCGGAAUUUAAAAUGGCUCGGAUUCCGUGUGCCAAUGGGAACAGUUCAGAAGUCGUACCAAACGAACCAACUGUAUCCAUUUGCCGUGUCGUUAAUUGAAUCAGUGCGGGCGUACGAACGAACGUGCAACAUCGUAGCGAGUAAACCAACCCUCAGUCUGUUAGUUUCCGGACUGAAGGCCAACGUCCAAGCAUCCAUUACUGAAGGUGCCGACUUGGUUUGGGAAUCUCAUCGCGUGGAAGCCUUUGUACAAAAAUUUUCAGAAACAACUUCGAUUUUCCAAGAAAAAGUGGACGAUUUGGUUUUGUUAGAACGGCAGAUUGAUGUGGAACUUCGAUCUUUGGAUACAUGUUUGUUUAAUACGAGUUCUUUCGCGGAUAUAUUGAACAAAAUCCAGAAGACCAUUGACGAUCUUAGUUUGCGACAGUACAGCAAUUUGGCUGACUGGACUGUGACGAUUGAUGAAGAAGUGGAGCAGAAACUGGCAGCUCGUUUACAGACUGCCCUAGUUGCAUGGCUAAAGGUGUUAAAUGGCAAAGAAGACGAACUGCAGAACACCGAUACGGAUGACAGUCCCACCUCGGCCAGUUUAAUCAUGUCCAUACCGAAAAUCGAGAAAGUAGUUCAUGAAUUCCGCAUCGCUAACCAGGUGAUGUUUCUCAAUCCGCCGGUACCGCAGGCCCGCACGGAUCUUCUCGCUCAGCUAUGGAAUUGGGCUAGUACGAUCUUGGCGCAAAAGCGUCUACAGAGUAGUCGUUAUCGCUCGUCGGUCAAUGUGGAGGAGGAGCAGCUGGCGUCAACGUAUCAGUCAGUGCUGCAGCGUCUUCCCAGUCCACAGGUUCUUAUUGAAAUCUUCGCGGCAGUGGAUGGACUGAUCGCCCAAGUGGAAGCUUAUGUUCAAGAAUGGUUGCGUUACCAAGCGCUGUGGGAUUUACAACCGGAAAUGGUAUAUGAACGCCUGGGUACCGAUAUGGAGAAAUGGAUACAAAUCCUGACUGAUAUCAAAAAGUCUCGCGCCACAUUCGAUACGAGUGAUACGUCCAAGACUAUUGGACCAAUUGUGGUGGAUUUUGCCAGAGUUCAGUCGAAGGUGACGCUGAAGUAUGACCAGUGGCAUACGGAAGUAAUUAACAAGUACGGCAGCCUGCUCGGGCAGACAAUGCAGGAUUUCUAUGGGCUGCUGAAUGGCCAGCGAUCGACAUUGGAACAUUUGUCGUUAGAUGCGGCAUCUACCGCAGAAUCAGUCAAUCUGAUUACUUCCAUGCAAACGAUGAAGCGGAAAUUGAAGGGAUGGGAAAAGCAGGUGGAACUGUUCCGCGAUGGGCAGAAACUGCUGGAACGGCAAAGGUUCAAAUUCCCAAAUAAGUGGUUGCAUUCGGAAAAUCUGGAUUCGGAAUGGGGUGCAUUUACGGAUAUUCUGAAGCGGAAGGAUAACAGUGUCCAACAAAAAAUGGGACAACUUCAAAACAAAAUUGCCGGUGAAAGCCGAAUUUUGGAAACGAAAACAACGGAGAUUCUGGCUAAUUGGGAUACAGAAAAACCAGUGGAUGGUGCUUUACGGCCGGAAACAGCUCUUAGCCAGAUUACGGCUUUUGACCAGCGAUUAAAACGACUGAAAGAGGAACGCGAGAAUUUGAGCCGCGCAAAAGAAGCGUUGGAUAUGCAGCCGGAAGGCACGGCGGAUCCUCACCUCGAACGCAUUGUGGUAUGUAUCGAAGAACUGGACGAUCUGAAGGGCGUGUGGUCGGAAGUGGCGAAGAUCUGGAAACAGAUCGAUGAGCUGAAGGAGACUUCGUGGGUUUCAGUGCAGCCCCGGAAAGUUCGGCAGACAUUGGAUACUUUGUUAGGCCAAUUGAAAGAGAUGCCUAGUCGGAUGCGCCAGUACGCUUCGUAUGAUUUCGUCAAACAGUUGUUGCAGUCAUACACAAAGGUUAAUGUGUUGAUUGUGGAGUUGAAAUCCGAGGCGCUGAAAGAUCGACACUGGAGUCAACUGAUGCGCCAGAUGGGUGUAAAGUGGAAUUUAUCGGAUUUGACGCUGGGUGCGGUGUGGGAUACGAAUCUGCAACGGCAUGAACGGACUAUCCGUGAUGUGAUGAUGACGGCACAGGGAGAACUGGCCCUGGAGAAUUUCUUGAAACAAGUGAAGGAAACAUGGCAGAUUUAUGAACUCGAAUUGAUUCCGUACCAAGAUAAGGCGCACCUGAUUCGAGGAUGGGACGAUUUGUUUAACAAAGUCAAAGAACAUAUUAAUAGCCUCCAGGCCAUGAAAUUGUCGCCAUAUUAUAAGGUGUUCGAAGAAGACGCUGUGGCCUGGGAAGAGAAAUUGAACAAGAUUAACUCUGUUUUCGAUAUUUGGAUUGACGUGCAGCGGCGUUGGGUGUAUCUGGAUGGAAUUUUCAGCGGAAGUACAGAUAUCCAAGCACUGCUUCCUACGGAAACCUCAAGAUUUCACAGUAUCAGUAAUGAAUUUUUGGGUGUCAUGAAGAAAGUGGCAAAGUCUCCGAAAGUACUGGAAGUCGUCGGAGUGACCGGUUUACAACGGUCGUUGGAGCGAAUUUUGGAUCUACUUUCCAAGAUUCAAAAGGCUUUGGGAGAGUAUCUGGAACGACAGCGGUCAUCAUUCCCACGAUUUUAUUUUGUGGGGGACGAAGAUUUAUUGGAUAUUAUCGGCAACAGCAAAAAUCUCGUGCGAAUCCAGAAACAUUUCAAAAAGAUGUUUGCAGGAAUCAACGCCUUGAUAAUCGAUGCAGAACAAACGGUCGUAGAUGGAUUUUCAUCCAAAGAAGGAGAAGAAGUUAAAUUUUCUGAACCAUUAGUGGUUGCAAAAUUUUCUAGUAUCAAUGACUUAUUGAUCACUAUUGAAAAAGAAAUGAAGCGCACCUUAGCAAAAUUAUUGUACAACUGUAUACGCGAUGCCGGAUCUAUUACAUCGCAAGUGCAUAAAGCUGAUUAUCUCGCCUGGAUGGAUAAAUAUCCUGCGCAAAUUGUUUUGAUAGCUGCACAAGUCCAGUGGUCGCAAGCUACCGAGGAGAUCAUCAAGAAAAUGGGCGGCGAUGGCUCGGGAGGCCGAUUUGAUUUGGAGUCCAUGCAGAAAUUGGAAGCUUCGAUUGGAGCUGUUUUGAACAUUUUGGCGGAUUCAGUUUUGGAGGACCAUUUGCCCAUCAUGCGAAAGAAGAUGGAGAACUUGAUAACGGAAUAUGUCCACAAGAGGGAUGUGACUAGGCUCCUGAUCGAGAAAAAGGUGGAUUCGCGUUCGUCUUUUCAGUGGUUGAAACAGAUGCGCUUUUCGUUUAAUCCCCAAGAAUCAGACGUUCUGAAGCAGUUAAACAUUGAGAUGGCCAAUGCCAGAUUCUUCUACGGAUUUGAAUAUUUGGGAGUGCAAGACAAAUUGGUGCAAACUCCAUUAACGGAUCGUUGUUAUUUAGCUAUGACCCAGGCGUUAGCUUCUCGACUUGGUGGCUCUCCUUUUGGGCCUGCCGGAACUGGAAAAACGGAAACAGUCAAGGCUCUGGGCCAGCAAAUGGGCCGAUUCGUGCUUGUGUUUAAUUGCGAUGAAACCUUUGAUUUUCAAGCCAUGGGCCGCAUUUUUAUUGGUCUCUGCCAGGUUGGCGCGUGGGGUUGUUUUGAUGAGUUUAACCGUCUGGAAGAGCGGAUGCUAUCAGCGGUCUCACAGCAGAUCCAAACCAUACAGGAGGGCUUGCGUCGAAAUGCUGAUUUGAAGAGCGGUGAUAUUAAAUCAAUCCCAGUUGAUCUUCUUGGAAAUGAAGUGCAUAUCAAUCCGGAUAUGGCCAUUUUUGUCACGAUGAAUCCUGGUUAUGCGGGACGUUCUAAUCUACCGGACAACUUGAAAAAGCUUUUCCGCAGCUUUGCUAUGACCAAACCCGACCGGCAGCUUAUUGCGGAAGUCAUGUUAUUCUCGCAGGGAUUUCGCACUGCCGAAAAACUUGCCGCCAAGGUGGUGCCAUUUUUCAAGUUAUGUGAUGAGCAGUUGUCCCAUCAGUCCCAUUAUGAUUUCGGUUUGCGGGCUUUGAAGUAUGUUCUAGUCAGUGCCGGUAUUGUCAAGCGUCUGCGCGUGAAGAAGAUACAAGAUAGUGGUGAAGGCGAUGGAGCGCCUCCGGAGUUAUCGGCACUGGGAGCUGUUUCCGCUGAACAACAGAUUUUGGUGCAAAGUGUCUGCGAAACGAUGGUCCCGAAGUUAAUUGCGGAAGACAUCCCGUUGAUGUUCAGUUUGUUGGCUGAUGUAUUCCCGAAAGUGGCAUACGAAAGGUCGGAGAUGGAUCAACUGAAAGCGCUAAUCAAGAAAGCUUGUGAUGCCAGUUAUUUGGUGGCUGGUGAAAAAGGCGGAGUUGGUGCCGCGUGGAUGGAGAAGGUUUUGCAAUUGUACCAGAUUUCUCAAGUUAAUCACGGUUUGAUGAUGGUGGGCCCUAGUGGAUCGGGUAAAACCGCAGCUUGGCAAAUUCUUUUGAAAGCCCUGACAAGAUUAGAAGGUGUCGAGGGAGUGGCACAUGUGAUUGACCCGAAAGCAAUGUCAAAAGAAGCACUGUAUGGAUACCUGGAUCCGAAUACUCGAGAAUGGACUGAUGGAUUAUUUACCCAUAUCCUACGAAAGAUUGUCGAUAAUGUUCGCGGUGAAAUUCACAAACGUCAGUGGAUUAUCUUUGAUGGCGAUGUGGAUCCGGAUUGGGUAGAGAAUCUGAACAGUGUACUGGAUGACAACAAGAUUCUUACGCUACCCAACGGUGAGCGUCUGGGGUUGCCUCCCAAUGUGCGCAUUAUGUUCGAAGUGCAAGAUCUGCGCUUUGCCACAAUGGCAACUGUCAGUCGUUGCGGAAUGAUUUGGUUCAACGAGGACGUCGUGACCAUUGAUAUGGUGUUCUACAAUUAUUUAACCAAAUUGCAAAACGUCGUAUAUGGUUCGGAAGAAGCUGAGGCCACAUUCGCCAUUCCGGGUGUCUCGCCUCAGACACCGACGUCGGAAAUACCGGAAGAACGCAUCUCCCCCGAACUACAGGUUCAGCGCGAUAUUGUGAACAUCCUUCGACCCCAUCUUGCUCCAGAAGGUCUGGUUGUGCGUUGCUUGGAUUUUGCAUCCGAGAAGGAACAUAUAAUGGAUUUCACAAGAAUUCGGGCAUUAAAUGCUUUAUUGUCCAUGAUUAAUCAGACGAUUCGUGAGGUGCACAACUACAACUCAGCGCACUCAGAUUUCCCGAUGGCCUACGACCAACUGGAACAGUACGUAACCAAAUCACUGGUGUACGCUAUGUUAUGGUCGCUGACGGGCGACUCCAAGAAAAAAGUGCGAGAAGAACUAGGCGAUUUUGUCCGCUCUGUUUCUACAAUCCGCUUACCGCCGCAAAGCGCUGUUCCCAUUAUUGAUUACGAAAUUGGAAUAAAUGGUGAAUGGACGACGUGGCAGUCCAAAGUUCCGCAGAUGGAAGUGGAAACUCAUCGGGUCACUGCGGCUGAUUUGGUCAUCCCGACAAUCGACACCGUACGACAUCAGGCUCUUCUGUAUGCGUGGUUGCAAGAUCACAAACCCUUAAUUUUAUGCGGUCCUCCUGGUUCCGGAAAGACAAUGACGCUUUUUUCGGCCCUGCGGUCAUUACCAAAUAUGGAGGUUGUCGGCCUUAACUUCUCCAGUGCAAGUACGCCUGAGCUGCUUUUGAAAACCUUUGACCAUUAUUGCGAGUAUCGCAAGACCCCUAAUGGUGUCGUCUUGGCUCCGCUUCAAACACAAAAAUGGCUCGUCUUGUUCUGCGAUGAAAUCAAUUUGCCGGAUGAAGAUAAAUUUGGAACGCAAAGAGUCAUCUCAUUUAUCCGGCAGCUGGUAGAGCGCGGGGGCUUCUAUCGCACCAGCGACCAGGCUUGGGUCCAGUUGGAGCGCAUUCAGUUUGUAGGUGCAUGCAAUCCACCUACCGAUCCGGGACGGAAACCUCUUUCGCAACGAUUUUUGCGUCAUGCUCCAGUCAUCUAUGUGGAUUAUCCAGGAGCUGCGUCUUUGAAGCAGAUCUAUGGAACAUUCAAUCGGGCCAUGCUCCGCUUGUUUCCGGCGCUCCGUUCAUAUGCCGAUCCGCUGACGACAGCCAUGGUGGAAUUUUAUUUGGAGUCUCAAGAAAAAUUUACCCAAGAAAUGCAACCGCACUACAUCUACAGCCCCCGCGAAUUGACACGAUGGGUGCGUGGCGUGUUCGAAGCCAUUCAGCCGGUGGAUGAUGUUACGGCCGAUCAGUUGGUCCGAAUCUGGGCGCAUGAAGGUCUACGACUCUUCCAGGAUCGGUUGGUGGAGGACGCAGAGCGUCGUUGGACGGACGAGAACAUUGACCGGGUAGCCGAGCGCAACUUCCCCGGGGUGGAUUUGAAAAAAUCGCUGACACGGCCGAUCUUGUACAGCAAUUGGAUGAACAAGAAUUAUUCGCCGGUGGGAAGAGAAGAUUUGAGAGAAUUCGUUCGGGCGAGACUGAAGGUUUUCUACGAAGAGGAAUUGGAUGUACCGUUGGUACUGUUUGACGAGGUGUUGGAUCAUGUGCUGCGAAUUGAUCGCAUUUUCCGCCAGCCACAGGGCCACGUACUGUUGAUUGGGAUUAGUGGUUUUGGGAAGACCACGUUGUCCCGUUUCGUGGCUUGGAUGAAUGGGCUUAGUAUAUACCAGAUUAAAGCCCACAGCAAAUACACCGCAGCAGAUUUUGACGACGAUCUACGGCAUGUAUUGCGGCGUUCCGGAUGCCGGGAUGAGAAGAUCUGCUUCAUCUUGGACGAAUCCAACGUCUUAGAGUCCAGCUUUCUGGAACGAAUGAAUACAUUGUUGGCUAACGGAGAAGUGCCUGGUUUGUUUGAAGGUGAUGAAUAUACUACCCUGAUGACACAGUGUAAGGAGGGUUCACAACGAGAGGGCCUGAUGUUGGAUACUCCGGAGGAGCUGUAUCGGUGGUUUACUGGGCAGGUCAUCCGCAAUCUCCACGUGGUGUUCACGAUGAAUCCAUCGACGCAAGGACUGAAAGAUCGGGCCUCAACGUCGCCGGCUUUGUUCAAUCGCUGCGUUGUUAACUGGUGUGGCGAUUGGUCUUCGAAUGCCAUGUAUCAAGUGGGCAGUGAGCUGACUGAUAAAGUGGAUUUGGAUCGAGGUGAUUACAAAGCACCGGAUCGGUUCCCACCAGUAUGCGGUCUGGUGCCGAUUACGCCAUCGCAUCGGCAGGCGGUGGUCAAUGCUUUUGUCUACGUACACAAAACCCUGCAGAGUACGAAUCAGCGACUGCAGCAGCGGGGCAACAGGGUGGUGGCUAUCACGCCGCGACAGUAUUUGGAUUUGAUCAACCAUUUUGUCAAGAUCUAUCACGAAAAACGAAACGAACUAGAGGAUCAGCAGCUGCAUUUAAAUAUCGGUUUACAGAAGAUACGAGAGACUGUGGAGCAAGUGGAGGAUUUGCGUAAGGAGUUGGCGGUGAAGGGACGGGAGCUAAUGGAAAAAGAUAACGCUGCAACAGCCAAAUUGAAACAAAUGUUGGCGGAUCAGCAGGAAGCUGAACGGAACAAACUUAAAGCCGAAGAAAUAAAAGAGGAAUUGAAGAGAAAACAAGAAGGAAUUGAAAUCAGUCAGCAGAAAGUCCAGAAUGAAUUGGCUACGGUGGAACCAUUGUUAUUGGACGCCCAAAACGCGGUCAAGGGAAUUAAAAAACAAAAUCUCGUGGAAGUGAAAUCCAUGGCGAAUCCUCCACCGUUAGUUAAACUGGCCACCGAAUCCGUUUGCUUCCUGUUGGGUGAAACAAAUUUGGACUGGAAGAACAUCCGUACUGUCAUGGUUCGCGAUAAUUUUAUCCAGACAAUUCUUAAUUUCAAAGCAGAAACUCUGACUGAUGCCAUGAUCGAAGAAUUCAACAAGCAGUAUGGCAACAACGUCGAUUACCAGGUUGACAAGAUCAAUCGGGCCAGUACUGCUUGCGGUCCACUGGCACAGUGGGCCAUAGCACAGAGCCAGUACGCUAAAAUCCUUAAUCAGAUUGCGCCAUUGCGAGAAAAAAUGGCCACACUGCAACGAGAUGCUGAGGAUUCGAAACACCGCGAAGCUGAAGUGCGUGAUAAGCUGGUGAAAUUGGAAAAGAGCAUCCAAGGAUUCCGGGAUGAAUAUGCCGUGCUGAUUCGGGAGGCCGAACAGCUGAAACUGGAAUCAGCUGCUGUACAGGCUAAGGUUAACCGGUCGGAGUCGCUGCUGAAGAGCCUGGAGUCGGAAAGCCACCGCUGGACGGAGAGUCAAAAACACUUCAAAGAUCAGAUGGCGACAUUGAUUGGAGAUGCGUUACUGUCAGCCGCGUUUAUUACGUACAGUGGAUUUUACGAUCAACACGUGCGCAGCAAUGUCCAGCGAAAUUGGUCCAAAUUUCUGAAAAAUUCAGGAGUGCUGUACCGACCGGAUCUUUCGUUGACUGAGUACUUGUCAACCCCGGACGAUCGACUGCGCUGGUUGGCGAACGGUUUACCGGCGGACGAUUUGUGCAUUGAGAAUGCCAUUAUGCUUUCACGCUUCAAUCGAUAUCCGCUCAUUAUUGAUCCUUCCGGACAAGCCACUGAUUUCGUUCUGAAUGAACUUAAAACCAAAAAAAUUGCUCGUACAAGUUUCUUGGAUUCGGCAUUCCGUAAAAAUUUGGAAAGCGCUCUCCGAUUCGGCAAUCCUUUAUUGGUUCAGGAUGUGGAAAAUUAUGAUCCAAUUUUGAAUUCGGUUUUGAACAGGGAAGUCAAACGCAACGCCGGACGCAUUUUAAUCCAGCUUGGGGAUCAAGACAUUGAUUUGUCGCCGACAUUUUCUAUUUACCUGGCCACACGUGAUCCGUCGGUGGAAUUCCCUCCUGAUGUCUGUUCUCGAGUGACAUUCGUUAACUUCACGGUGACACGCAGCAGUCUGCAGAGCCAGUGUCUACACCAUGUGCUACGCUCAGAACGACCGGACAUUGACGAGAAGCGAACCAAUAUGCUGAAGCUGCAAGGAGAAUUCCGGCUAAAACUGCGCCACUUGGAGCAGUCUCUUCUACAGGCGUUGAACGAGGCCAAAGGGAAGAUUCUGGACGACGAUAACGUCCUGACCACUUUGGAACGAUUGAAACACGAAGCAGCGGAAGUACAACAAAAAGUGGACGAAACUGACCAGAUUAUGGGCCAGAUUGAGAAAGUUAGCCAGGAAUACAUGCCGCUGGCCGUGGCUUGUAGCAGUGUGUUCUUUACCUUGGAUGUGUUGAAUCAGGUCCACUUCCUGUACAAUUAUUCUUUACAAUUCUUCAUCGAAAUUUUCAACAACACGAUAUUGAACAAUCCCAAUCUGAUCAGUGUCCGAGAUCCAGCAGCUCGUCUGCAGCGUCUAACCAGUGAUUUGUUCUUCAACACUUUUGAAAGGGUGUCACGUGGUAUGCAACACGAAGACCAGUUGGUUUUGGCAGUUCUGUUGGCGAGAAUUUUCUUGAAAUCCAAACAUACCGGCACCGAACGCGAUGCCAUCCACGACGAAGAGUUCGAAUUCCUACUGCGGGGCAUCGACGCUGCAGAUGUUAUGGAAGCUACGUCAGUACUGGAUGGCUUUACGGCAGAAGAAUCGGCGCAGAUCAUGCAUCUUGGCAAUUUGAAAUACUUCAAGAAUGUGAAGGAAUUGUUUGGCAGACAUCAUGAUAGUAUCCAGAAGUGGAAGAAGGCCGGUGGGGAGGCCCCGGAAAUUUGGAAGGAACAUGUUACUAACGCGGAUCCGGCAUUUGCGGCAUUGCUGAAAGUGUUGCUAACUCAAGCUGUUCGGCCUGACCUGGUGCGUCUUCAUUUGAUGGAAUAUGUUGACCGAGUGUUCGGUCCAAAGAUGCUCCACCCUGAAAAAGAAGUUUUGGAUUUGGCCACCAUUGUGAACGACCAGGUGAAAGCUCAGACGCCGAUCAUGUUGUGUUCAAAACCGGGCUACGAUGCUAGCUGGUUGGUUGACGAUCUAGCUGCCGAUUUGACCAAGCAGAUGUCCAGCAUUGCACUCGGUUCAGCAGAAGGCUUUGAACAGGCCGACAAAGCUGUUGUUGCCGCAUCAAAAGCCGGUCGUUGGGUGCUGUUGAAGAACGUCCACUUGGCACCGUCGUGGUUGGUCAGUCUGGAAAAGCGUCUUCACUCUCUGCAACAUCAUCCCGCUUUCCGGCUGUUCCUCACCGCUGAAAUGCAUCCCGCCCUCCCCGUCACCUUGCUGCGGUCCAGUCGGGUGUUGGUCUUUGAGCCGUCCACGGGAAUUAAGGCUAAUCUGCAGAGAACUCUGAAUUCGAUCCCGGUGAACCGGAUGACGAAGGAGCCUGUGGAACGAGCUCGCUUGUACUUUUUACUGACAUGGUUGAACGGCGUCAUUCAAGAGCGAUUACGGUAUGUCCCACUGGGAUGGAGUAAAGCGUAUGAGUUUACCGAAGCCGAUCUGCGGAUGGCGUGUGAUGUGUUGGACACAUGGUUGGAUCGAGCAGCGCAGGGACGGACGAACAUCACCGCGGAUAAGAUUCCGUGGGAAGCAAUUGCCACACUACUCUCGCAGUGUGUGUACGGAGGAAAGAUUGAUAAUGAUUUCGAUCAACGCCUGCUGACUGUGUUUGUGGAUAGUGUAUUCUCGUUAGAAGCUUUCCAUGGAGACUUGCCAUUAGUUACCGGCGAAGAACAAGGUAUGCCGAAUGUUCCUGUGCCAGAUGGAUCGCGACGGGAUCAGUUUGAGAAGUGGAUUGGAGAACUGCGUGACCAUUCGUCGCCGGAAUGGAUUGGACUACCGGGCAAUGCUGAGAAUGUUCUGCUGAUUGGACAGGGCAAAGAAUGCUUGGCUAAAUUGCUGAAGUUACAACUGGUGGAGGAUGAAGAGGAAAAGGAUGUUGUGGAGGAAUCGUUGCGAGUGACGGAUUCCAAAAAAGAAAGUGAAUCUAUGGAAGGCCCAGCCUGGAUGAAGUCCAUCCAGUCCCUGUCGCAAGGCUGGCUGCGUACACUCCCAGCUGAUCUGGUGCAGAUGAAGCGCACACCAGAGAAUAUCAAAGAUCCUCUGUUUCGCUGCUUUGCACGGGAAGUUAAGUUGGGUGGAUCAAUUUUGUCUGGUGUCAAACGCGAUUUGAAUGAUCUGAUGGCGAUCUGCAAGGGGAUCAAGAAGCAGACCAAUUACCACCGCGUCCUGGUGAGUGAUCUUCUCCGGGGGAUUAUUCCCAAGAGCUGGAAGCGUUACACCGUACCGAUCAACUGUACGGUCAAUGCAUGGUUCGCGGACUUCGUGCGGCGAAUCCAGCAGCUUAACCAGAUCGCCAGUUUACCGGCUAAGGAUUUGAAAAGUCUGCGUGUGUGGCUGGGUGGACUGUUUUUGCCAGAAGCAUGCAUUACGGCGACGCGGCAGUUUGUGGCGCAGGCGAAUUCAUGGCCGUUGGAGGAACUGCAGCUGGAUACGGAAGUGUUGAGUACGGGAGAAAAAGUGGCAGCUACUGAUAAAGAUGUCUUUUAUCUGACGGGCAUGCAUCUGCAAGGAGCACUGGCAGAAGGGAAAACACUGCGUUUAUCCGGCAGUUUAUUUAGUGAUAUGCCGGUGUGUGCCGUCCGUUGGGUCCGACAGGAACAGAAUGAUUCUGCGUUAAAGAUACCUAUUCCCGUUUAUUUAUAUUCUGAUCGUGCAAAUCUUCUCUUCACUCUGGAUUUCGCGCCGCAGGAUGCUUCCAAACGACAGCCGGAUGGUUUGGCUGCGGCUACGGCAUUCUAUAAGCGCGGUGUUGCCGUCAUUGCUUCGCCUGCGCUGGCCUAGGAUAAUUGAUGUGAAUCACUAAUAGAUUUGGUUUUUUUUAAUGUUAUUUUUAUUAUUUGUGGAAGUGUUAGUUUUACGUUUAUGGAGAUGUGGUGGUAGUUUCUUACUGUUUUAGGUGAUUUUGAACAAAAUACUGGACCUAUACAAUAUUCUGAAUAAAAAGUCGAAAGACGAUAA